AUGGCGCCUCUCGGUGAUGGUGUUGCCCCCGUGGAUGCCGCGGCGGCGCCCGGUCUCGUCGUCUCCUUCGGUGAGAUGCUGAUCGACUUCGUGCCGGACGUGGCCGGCGUCUCGCUCGCCGAGUCCGGUGGCUUCGUCAAGGCGCCCGGAGGCGCGCCCGCCAACGUCGCAUGCGCCGUCUCCAAGCUCGGCGGCUCCUCCGCCUUCGUCGGCAAGUUUGGCGACGAUGAGUUCGGCCACAUGCUGGUGGACAUCCUCAAGCAGAACGGUGUGAACGCGGAGGGCUGCCUCUUUGACCAGCACGCGCGCACCGCCCUGGCCUUUGUCACCCUCAAGUCCAACGGCGAACGUGAGUUCAUGUUCUACCGCAACCCGUCCGCCGACAUGCUCCUCACGGAGGCGGAGCUCAACCUCGACCUCAUCCGCCGCGCCCGGAUCUUCCACUAUGGCUCCAUCUCGCUCAUCACCGAGCCUUGCCGCUCCACCCACGUCGCCGCCAUGCGUGCCGCCAAGUCCGCCGGCAUCCUCUGCUCCUACGACCCCAAUGUGCGCCUCCCGCUCUGGCCGUCCGCCCAGGCCGCUCGCGACGGCAUCAUGAGCAUCUGGAAGGAGGCUGACUUCAUCAAGGUGAGCGACGAGGAGGUGGCGUUCCUCACCCAGGCCGACGCCCACGAUGAGAAGAAUGUCCUCUCCCUCUGGUUUGAGGGCCUCAAGCUGCUUGUCGUCACCGACGGCGAGAAGGGGUGCAGGUACUUCACAAAGGACUUCAAGGGCUCCCUGCCAGGCUACUCCGUUAACACGGUCGACACCACCGGUGCUGGCGAUGCCUUUGUUGGAUCCCUCCUCCUCAGCGUCGCCAAGGACGACUCCAUCUUCUACAAUGAGGCCAAGCUGAGGGAGGUGCUGCAGUUCUCAAAUGCUUGCGGGGCCAUCUGCACCACCAAGAAGGGAGCCAUCCCGGCGCUGCCCACCACAGCCACCGCCCUCGACCUCAUCAGCAAGGGCACCAACUAG